AUGACAUCCAAGUUAAUCGUCUUGACCGAAUGCUUCAUCCAUAGAAGCAGUACCCACGAAUACUCCAUCCGCUGGACAAGCAUUGGAUCAGACAACAGCCCCCCACUGAUUUUCGUUCAUGGAACUCCUUGGUCCUCUUACGUCUGGCAGCGUUAUGUAGAAGCCCUAUCCUUGCGGCACAAGAUCUAUAUCUUCGAUAACCCGGGCUUCGGUGAAUCACCCGGGGGUAGGCCUCUUCAGGCCCCUACAUCCACAGAUGAUAAGAUAUCUGAAUUCGAUUCAUCCCUAGCCGGCCAAGCAGAGGCGUUUGCUGCCCUAUACCAUUCAUGGAACUUUACCUCUGACCGGCUUCCCCACAUUGUCGCGCACGAUAAUGGCGGGCUUAUCACCCUCCGUGCCAAUCUUCUUCACAGCUGCCGAUACGCGAGCCUCUGUCUUGUGGACGUUGUUGCUGUUCGUCCCUUUGGUAGUCCAUUUUUCCGCCUUGUUGCGCAGAAUUCAUCUGUUUUUACUUCUAUUCCGGACACAAUCUUCCAGGGCAUUGUGCGUGCCUAUAUACAAGAUGCGUCAUUCAGACCGCUCCCGAAGCAUGUUGAAGACACGCUGGUGAAACCGUGGAUUGCGGGCGGAAGUCAGGGCCAGGUGGCGUUUAUCCGACAGAUGGUACAGGCUGAUCAGCGGCAUGCAGAGGAGGUCGAGGGGCGAUAUGCGGAAGUUGGGAGUGCGAUGCCGGUGAAAGUUAUUUGGGGGAAGGAUGAUAGGUGGAUUCCUGUUGAACGGGCUGAGAAAUUAGCCAGCAUGGUUGGGGCAACGGAGGUUGUUUUGAUCGGGGAGGCUGGUCAUUUGAUUAUGUUUGAUCAGCCUGAGCGACUGGCAACGGAGAUUUCCAUAUGGUUGAUGGAAGCGAGUCGGUAG